AUGGCAACAAAGCCAAACACACGCAAGAGAAAAUUUGAAAUCAAGAAAGUGGAACAAAAGAUCAAGGAAAGAAUGACUUUCCCCAAACAUGAAGUAGGGCUUUUCAACAAAGUCACUGAAUUAUCCAUUCUAUGCGAGGCAGAAAUAGCAUUGAUCAUCAACUCUGAGAAGAAUGGCAACCUUCAUGCUUGUGGCUAUCCCAGUACAGACACUGUCAUUCAACGCUUCGUUGCAGGAAGGUAUUCGGAUCCCAACCGAUAUGUCCGUGAUGAUGAAAGGAAGAAGCAACAGGCACUUCAAUCCUUAAUUCUACAAUAUGAGGCCUGA